AUGGGUAAUCUCUUUGGUCGACUGUUUGGAAAGAAGGAGAUACGCGUACUGAUGCUCGGUUUGGAUGCAGCCGGAAAGACAACUAUUUUAUACAGACUUAAACUAGGUAACAGUGUUACUACCAUACCUACGGUUGGAUUCAACGUGGAAACUGUGACUUAUAAGAACGUACGGUUUAACGUCUGGGACGUUGGUGGCCAAGAAAAAAUUCGACCUCUUUGGCGCCACUACUACACCGGAAGCCAGGGACUCAUCUUUGUGGUUGACAGUUCAGAUCAUGAGCGGAUUGAAGAAGCCCGGCAAGAACUGCAUAAGAUUGCUAACGAUCGUGAAAUGCAAGAUGCCGUUAUUCUUGUGUUUGCCAACAAACAGGAUCUUCCUAAUGCCAUGCCUCCUCACGAUAUUCGGGAGCGCUUGAUGCUUACAAAACUGCGCAGUGGCCGGCUUUGGUAUGUACAACCUUCAAUUGCAACAAGUGGUGACGGUCUAUACGAGGGACUGACUUGGCUCAAUUCUAAUUGCCAUUCACGAUGA